AAGUUGGUAAACUACUUGUAAAUGCUUGACUAUUUUGUUUUACUAUGGAAGAAAGGAAAAGAGCCGAAAUAUGUAGGGAAGUGCUUUUUUCAUUUUUUUUCCAAAUUUCAUUUGCGUUCUUAAUUUCUUAUGUUAACUCCAGAUUAUGCCUCCAAGUGGGGGGAAGAACGGAAAAGUAGCUCCGGCGACGACGGAAGACACUAACCCUGACUCCAGGAUAGAUAUUGAUUCUGGGACGGAUACUCAGGAGAAACCCUGGCUCAGAAGGUUCCUAUUGGAACAUCUCAACCCUGUGAAUCUGCUUCCAUGCUUUAAGAAAAGAUACUCAGAGUCAGGUGAAGAGCUACCUCCAAGAACCUGGAACCAAAUAUUCUCCUAUGUAGCAGACAAUGCAAAGGAUGAUCCCAAUGCACCUUCAUAUUUUGGUGGACGGUUUCGAGGAUAUCUAGCUUUUGAUACAGGAAACAACCCGUAGAAAUAUCACACACUCUUUUGGUACAAACACACAUACAUGACGUGUUCGCCCCCUGACACUGACUUUUUAGCUAAGAGCUAGUAAGUUGUACAGUACACAUACUGAAGUUGUAUACGGCAGAACGAGACAUCACACCAAAUACACCAUUCUUUACUAGUGAAC